AUGCGUGUUCUUGUCAUCGGAGGCAGCGGCCGCACAGGCAAGCUGGUCAUCAACGAGCUCCAACAGCGAGGUCACGAGGUUACAGCCUUGGUCCGCAAUCCAGCAUCGAUGCCAUCGGACAGCAAAGUGCAUCUCAUCACUGGCACACCCACCAACAAAGACGAUGUGCGCACGGCCUUUACCGCGAGUCGUCCGCACGUCGUGAUCGUGACGCUCAGCGCGGUGCGCGCCUCCGACAGCCCGUUUGCAGCCAACAUCUCCCCGCCGCGCAUGAUGGCUGACUCCAACGCCAACGUCGUUGCCGCGAUGAAGGAGUCAUCUACGCCAAAGGCUAAGCUGGUCAUCCUGCAGGCGUUUGGCGUGGCCGAGUCGUGGCCAAACUUACACUGUGUUAUGCGGCUGCUCAUGAAGAAUAGCAAUAUGAUCUACCAGUACCAGGACCACGAUGCAGUGGCCAAGGAGGUCAGGGACAGUGGGGUGAGGUAUGUCAUGGCCAGGCCGUCGAGGUUGGUCGAGGGCGAGGCCACGGAGGUGAAUGAGUGGGCGGGGGAUGGGAAGGGGGUGCCGAUGAUGGGGGUUAUUACACGGGAGAGCGUUGCGAGGUUCUUGGUAGAUGCGGCGGAGAAGGAGACUUGGGACGGGACGGCGCCGGUGAUUACGAACUAG